CUUUUUUCCGGGGUUGUACCUGAACGCAGCACUUUGGGCAGUUUUUAGUGUUCAUUGCAUGUAACGUCAGUCAGCAGAUCCUAAGUGAAAAUGCCCGCAGAUCUGAGUCAGUGGAGCGGGGAUCUGGCCCUGCAGGAGGUGGAGGAGAAACCUGCAAAGCCUCUGACGAUCAAAUACGGCUCUGUGGAGAUCGACGAGCUCGGGAAAGUGCUCACACCGACACAGGUUAGUCUGCUAGCUAACUGUUGUGAGUUAGCCAGGCUAACAACAAUACAGAUGAAUUAGCGUCAUGAGCAAAAGUUAGCCUAAACUCGUCACGUGAUAGUAAAUUUAAGAGAGAUUUCUACGCAUUCAGGUUGCUUUGCAGUUCAUCCUGUUGCAAAGUGUGUUUGCAAGUGUGUGGCCACAAUGAAUAAGGUUACAUAAUGCCUCCUUCAGCAUGGCCGAGGCUGUAUCUUAUGGAUACUGGCGCCACCAAGUGGUGCAAUGAGGGAAAUACAAGCUAGAGUCGUGUGUCCAGUCAUUCAUCAGCACUAUUUUUUAUUUAUGUUGUUGUGAAAUUGCGAUUAUAAUUAUUAACAGGUGCAGAACCGACCCACCUGCAUCGAGUGGGAAGGAUGUGACCCCAGUAAGACGUACACUCUGGCCCUGACUGACCCUGACGCCCCCAGCAGGAAGGAUCACAAAUUCAGGUGAGAGGAGCAGGUUAACCAGCUCAAAUCAGUUUUUUUAAUCAAUGUGCCUUCAAAACUUCAUAGCCUUUAUUUUCUGUCUUAACAUCAGGGAGUGGCAUCAUUUUCUGGUGGUCAACAUGAAGGGGAACGACGUCUCCUCUGGCUGCGUCAUGUCUGACUAUGUGGGGUCUGGUCCUCCCAAAGACACAGGUAAAAGAGGGGAAGAAGGUUAUUGACUAUUAGAAGAGGAAGACAGUUACACUUAAGAGGAUUUCCCUGUAUGAAAAUAUCUACCUGGAACUGUUGCUUCUCCUUCUUUCAGGUCUGCACAGGUACGUGUGGCUGAUCUAUGAGCAGUCAGGAAACCUUAACUGCUCCGAGGCGGUCCUCACUAACCGCUCUGGAAACGGACGUGGAAAGUUCAGCAUCCGCAGCUUCAGGCAGAAGUACAAACUCGAAGCUCCUGUGGCGGGAACCUGCUACCAGGCUGAGUGGGACAACUACGUCCCCAAACUGUACGAGCAGCUUGCUGGAAAAUGAACAACAAGAGUGGACUCUGAAGCUUUAAGCACUAACCCGAACCCAUUAGGUUUAGGGGUCUGUAGGAAAUUUGUGUUCUUGGGGGAAGAAAAACACCCAACAUUAAAAAACCAUUUGUUUUUGUGAGUGUGCCACUUACCAACAUGAGAAAAGCCUCUACAUGAUCUGACCUGCACUUUACUAGAAUAAAUCUGUCCCACACUGAAGUGGUUGUGUUGUUUGUUGACACGUUCAAAGAUUUUUGUUGCUAAUAAACAAGAAUUAAAUAAUUAAAUAUGAUGAGAGAUGACUUCUUUAAGUGGGGAGUAGUUUUAAAAGUGUUCUCUGGAGAAAUGGUGUUGGUGGGUUGAAGUAUGCUCAAACAUCCAUGCAAAUUAAAAGGUCCCUCAUGCCAGCGUAUAGGUACGUUGGAUAUACUUGAUCUUCGUACUGAAAGCAGAAGAACACUCAAAACAAUGUGAGUGACCUUUUCCCCCAUCUAACAUGAGACGCAGGAACCCUUUAAUGAAGCCCGCCACCUUGCAUCACCAUGUCUCCACUGUAUUUGUGUUGGUAGACGUUUUGAUGGAAAAGAAAUGGACAAAUACAGGAUUAUACUUAUCAUGCAUCCCACGAGCUUCUUGGGACUGUCUCAUGACACACAUUUGAUCACACUUAAUUGAGACCGGACUAAUGUUAUCAUAGGACCUCUGUGGGUCUUGAAAUAUGGCUGAUAAUCUGCCUUGAAGUUUUUACCUGACAAGUUACAAACACGCAAGAUUAAAAUUGCAGAUGUCCUCCUCAACUAUUAAAAAUUGUCCCCAAGUUAAACAGCAAACCUCCAGUUGUUUGAAUGUAACCCAGUUUUUAAAAAAAAUGUCUUUAUUUUCUUGAUUUCCAUCUCAAAACAGUAAAUCUGACGACAUUGUAACUUGAUAUUAGACACAUAUGCAUCCACACGUCCUUGUUUUGUGUGAUGAGCACUUUAUUUACAAAUAUAAUUAAAAGCUCUGACAGAAUCAUGCUUUCUUUGAACCUGGAAAAAAAAAAUUAAAGUGCAUGCAAUAAUAAAGCAUCAUACUGGUCUGGUCUGUAAGAAAAUACACAGCUUGAGAGUUGUGUAAAGCAAAAAAAAAAAAAAAAAAGUCCCGUAGACGGAUGACUGCGCCUCAAAUACUAUCUGAGGAGGGGGGAGGGAAAAAAGCGCCUUUAAAAAUUCUGUUUUGAUUUGAGUGACAGUUAAAAUACGAUACGAAAAUAAGUAAAAGCUCUCCAUAAAUCCUUCUAUACACAAAGUACAAGCCCCGCCCCCAAGCCCCCCCCCCAUGAAGCCCUUUGUGCUAGCUGGGAUUUCACGUGUCACAUGUACUAUUAUCAUUAUUCACAUUGGCUGCCAGUGCAGAGAAAUCAGUACGAUACACAUAUCGAGUACCAUGAUUCACGCUCCCCUCCAUAAUCACUCGAGGGAGUCACAUUUUCAGAAGCGUACCUUUAUAUACAACGUGAUAUUUGUCUCUCAGAGUAUCAAAUUAUCCAAAUUUGUCAUAAAAAUGUCCUGAUGAAUAAAUACCAAAAAGGUUUGAAGAAGCAGCGCAUUCGAGUGGCGGCUGCAGGAGGAUCGGUUGUUUUGAUUUAUCGCUUUGACAGAUUUUUUUUUGUUUUUGCAACUAGCAAAGAAAUGAAUCACCUCUAAAAAUGCAGGUUUUACGCUCACUGUACUGCCCCUUCGUUUUUCUCUCCCUCCUUCUCUCCUCGUCCACUUUUAGUCACGCCAAAAGUGUCAUCAUUGCACAAAAAUGAGAAACACCGUCACUAUGUUAUCAGUAUUCUUACAAAAACAUGACAACUACAGGAUCCAGCAUCUUUUUUUUUGUCGUCUUGUGACACCAUGAGGCGCAAGGAGAGGGAUGAAGUUCAGGUGGUUUUUUCUGGGGCACUGAAACUUGCCCUGGACUCUCAGAGCCGCCCAGAAACCAGCUGAUUCUGGAGCUGUUUUGUGAUAGUUUUUGUUGCGUCUGUGUGUUUGAGUGGGGGCGUCAGCAGCAGUGGACACCUGCACUGUCAGGUCAGGUGGGUCAGAGGAGAGGGAAGGGAGUACUGAGGCAGACGACAGACGCUCAGGGGGAUCACGGCGGUGGAAACACCGGCGACAGCAGCCCCUCAUCUGUAGUCAUCCUUGGGGAGGUCCAGGGUGCCCAGGUUACCGAAGCCCAGCCGCAUGCUCUCCAUGUCGAAGUUAUCGAUCUCGCGCUCUUGACGCUCCAGCAAGUGUUUGACCCGGUCGGUUUUUUCCUUCUGAAGGGAAACCAGCUCCUCUUCAAUCUGCAGGGAACACAUUUAGAGUUUAUCGAGAUUAGUUUUUUCCUGCUUUACUAGUUCGGUCUGAGUUCUAAAAAAUUGAGUCUUUGGAAUAUUUUGGGCUAAAGCAGACUUAAUUAUGCUUCCUUCUUUAAUAUUUAAGUUUUUAUUCAGUCUUUUAGCCUUGUUUGUAAAGUCUUACUAAGGGUGGAUUGGUGGAGAUUGAGGAGAAGACCUUUUUUUCCCUGUGAUAUCUGUUGUGUCAGGGUUAGGGAUAAAAACUGGAAUUUGGCUGAAAACUGAGUUGAAAGCUGGAGUUUAAAAAGUAAAAACUACAAGACUGCAGAUUUUCAGCAUGGACAGUGUGCAAAGUGCUUGUUCUUUUUGUACUUGUACUUGUAACUUCAAAGUUUAGGGUGCUUUUUUAAGAGGCAUGUCAGAACCCACGGGAAAGUAAAGAGGUGAUGUAAAUCACACAGUGGAGACACACCUUGACUGCCCUGCAGGAGAUCUCUUGUGGAGCAAAGAGAGUAAAAGCUGUGGUCUGUGAUUUGUAGUUUUUAAUAAUCCUUAUCUCAGACUAGCUUCUGGGUGGAACCUCAGCUGGCUCCCACAUCUAAUGCCUGUUGUCAGUUUUAGCAGGAGUUAGACACGGGUAAUAGAGAAGCCUUUGAAGUGUAGUGCAGCUGGAUACAUAUACUGUACUGUAGCCGCACAACAGCGCUGACACUGUCGCACUGUAACCUUUACAAACACUGCGUUCAGUUGGUUUUCACGACACUGCAGAUUUAUUUUGGGUUUUUUUUCUGCAACAGUUGUAGCUCUUUUACUCAUGCCUACAAAAUAGCCAUAAAAUGUGUCCCAUCUGCGUAAAUGAUGAAGGUUUCAAUGUGCACUGUCACGCUGUGUGUCACAAGGUGUGAAUGCGUCAAGUUUGUGUUGUCAGGAGCUGUGUCUGCAGGCUCUUUCAGUCCAGCUCCCACACAAACUCCACACACACACACACACACACACAUCCACAGGUGCAGACAAACACUGCAUGGCGCAAUACGGCAAUCUGGCCAACUACUGAGCAUGCACAGAAAACUCCAGACUUUGACCAUGAACCGAACCCGAGGACAAUAGUGCUUCUGAAAACCAUGACAUCAUCCUAGUCCCUGAGUGCAGAUCACAACGCAGCCAGGAGAUGGCGACAGAGCACUGCAGCUCGCUCCAGACUCUGGUGGACCCAGCAGAACUGGAUCAGGGCGGCAUUUCAAACGUCUACUCCUUUGUUGUCGGAGUGCUGUCUACUAGACUGUGUCGAUGACGUCGGUCACUUCGGAAAGAGGCGUGCACGGCGUGUUUCUAAUCUGAUCACAUGCUGUUUGUAUACACCACAGGUAGCCUGAAUUAACCCAUCAACGAUGUGUCUCCAUCAGUAUCAUGCAGGCCAAAAAAGUGACGCCGAACAAUGAAACUGUGUGGAAAAAGCAGAACUCAAGAGGAAAGCAUAAAGACAAGCUGCCAGUAUGAACCUGGACUCAAGGUGUCUUCAUUUGAGUCACUUCUUAGAUGAUAACAACAUUUAAAAAAAACAUAACAUUUCAGGAAUCUGUGCCGCAGUUACAUUUUGACACGUACAAAAGCGGAUUUAAGAGAACAACAAGAACUCUGCAGUAAAUGUUUCUCAUUAUAACCGGGUGGGUGACAAAAAUAUGUUUUAAUAAGAAGACAAUACUGCAGUGUGCAGAUUUAACAAGCGUUAUGAGUGUGUGGGAGAGAAAAGGCUGUCUGCUCCCUGCAGGAAGGCAUGCCACUGUCAUCACCACCUGUGGUGAGGGAAAUCUGCGUGUGUGUCUGUGUGAGUCUGUGUGAGCUCAUGACUGACUGUCUGGGUCGCUUUUCAACGCUCGCUCUGCUUGCUGAGGUGGAUGCAAAUCUGUAUCUGGACCUGUCUGCAUCAGCACCAGGAUGAGCUCAUGAAGAAGCACUUGACUGUUCGGGAUUCAACUCAUUUUCACGUUUGUGUUUGUCUGCGUACUUUGUUUGCAUGCUUUGGUUCUGUAUAAUCCUUAAAUACUUACAGUGUGUGCUUCACUUUAAGUCCUGUUAGAGGAGGUCAUUGUGAAAAAGUACGACAAACAUUUUUUUGUGACUAAUGCUUUGCCAUCAUCACGUCACUAAUUUUCCUGGCACUAUAGUAGUAUGAAACAGUCACGAGUCACUCAAGUGAGGUGUCCACGGGUAUUUAAGUGACCAAAAUGGAGCAAAAAGCCAGUUUCUGUCGAGCUGCAUGAUCAUUGUAAGUUGCAUGAUUUAGGAUUAAAGCAGGCAGUCAUGGUGUUGUGUUUAGGUGCACGCUCACACAGCUGCAGAAUCUGAAUUUGUAGCAUGAAGAAUAGCGGGAGAGAGCUAAAAGAGAGGUUAAAAUCACAUUUUAUGUUUUGCUGUAUGUCUCAUCAGUUUCUGAGGACGGUCAUGUAAGGCCUUGUCUGUAAUCUGUCUCCUAAUAAUGUAAUAUUCAUGAAGGUGCGUGCUGCUGACCUCUCAGCCAAGUCACCCUUGUUAAAGAGAUCUGGACUCCAGUGGGUUAUUAUGACUUGGUUAAAUUAAGGUUAAAUUAAAAAAACAAAACAAUCAAAUAUGAGGUGUUAUUCUUCUACUUUGUGAGCUUAAUUUUUAGCAAACAAACACAGUUACUGUAAUAAUAGCUGACUAAAAGGCUUCACACAAUUGACCUUUUAUUUAAAAACACACUGACUGGAUUGAGACUGUUCCAAAUCUACUUAAAUAGAUUGAAAACUACAAUUUAGAUUUAAAAUAAAGCUUUAUCUUUAAUCACUCUUAUUUCUGUUGUUUUUUUUGUUGCCUCUUGUCAGCAGAAUUUUCAUUUGUAAAUUAUUAUUAGUUUCUUUUUUUGUCUUAAAUUACCGUCACCCUCUGCUUCCUUUUCUUUGUCUUCUUCUUCUCCUUCCAUUUAAAAAAACUAAUUGUCUGAAGUUUUAAGAAAAAAUUCGGCUGCAGCAGAUAAACAAACUUGACCUUUACUGAACUCAAGUUGUAAGCUGUCUUUGAAGAGAAAUAGGAAGGGCGGGUUAGCAGAGCUUUUUUUUUUUCAUGAAGGAAUACAAUUUCUUUAACUCUUUAAAAAAAAAAAAAAACAUCAUGCUGACCUGCCAGUAAGGGUUUGCGUCUUUUCUUGCUUUUCAGAGUUUUAAUUAAUUUGUUCAUCCUCUUCAAUAGUAGGAAGAGCUCGCUCCUCUUUCAUUCAUUUGUGA